AUGCCGUGCUUCAAGGGGAUCGCCGUGAGCAUCCACUCCAACGGAGCACCGCUCCCAGAGCAUGGUAUUCAGAAACAGUCACGGGUUUCAAGGAUCAGCACCUACAUACCUGUGCCCACUCCCCAGCUUAAUGACAACUCCAACACUCCCGAGCCGGCCCGCUUCGCCAUAUCUAUUACCCUUUUGACCCCCGGAUUAGCCAUUCCGUACUCGACGCCGAAACCUACCGAGUCGAAUCCGAAGCCGAAGCCCCAAUAUGUCGCCAGUCUUCCCUCGACCUCGGGCGAGUAUGGCAAGGUUACGACUGGUGUGACUCCGUAUAUACCGAUGACGAAUUCACCUAAUGAAACGAUUGCGGCAUACAUUUAUUUCGACGGACGCGCCAAGGAAGAAGUCGCAACCCUACUACGACCCGGCGAAGAAACCUGGGUCAAUAGUCGUUGGGUCCAGGUUCCCGAGUCCGAGGGCGGUGGUCUCGCCGAGAGGGAGUUCCUAUUCAGGGAAGUCGGCCUGGAGCGCUGGCUCAACGGUCUCGAUCUUCAGGGCGACGACGCCCAGGCGAAGAUCGAGCGCCGACGUAAGAAGUUUGAAAAGCGCCGAAGGCGUCAGAAGCGUGAUGAGGAAUUGGCCGAGUCGAACGGAAGCCGCGGCGUGCUACGAUACGGAGCCGACGACGGUUCCCCCGUGCAAGCGCUAUCGGACGAUUCGGACUCCCUUUCGGACGACGACGAGCCUCCCGAGGCUACGGGCCAGAUCAAGGUUUCCAUGUUUAGGGUCCUUGCGUCGGGCGAAAUCAAGAAGGGUGAAUACUCCCCCCAGUUCGAUGCCCACGACGAUGACGAGGACGAUCUGGAUGCUGUAGCCGCGGACAGCAGCAACUCCCUAGCUGCUGAUGUGGAGCAUACCACUAGUUUUGCGAAGCCCAAGACGUUGGACCCCAGCACGAUUAGCACUCAGACUGUAACUGGAAUCGAUGGACCCGACAAGCCAUAUGCGACGUUUACAUUUUUCUACCGUGGCGAACGCCAACUCCAAAAGAUCGGAGUUUUAUCCAAGAGCAAUGUGCAGAGCACCCCCGGCGGUUCCAAACGUCGCUCAGCUCAGCUCGACUUCUCUAGCCUCGGACCUCUCAAGACUAGCGGCACCGUUGGCUUCUCGGCCUUCCGCGAUGCGGAGCGCGAUUCAAGCCGGCGGAAGAAAGCUCGAAAGAAGUCUAAUGGCAACGCGACUGGUGUACAAGACGACAGCGAUGACGAUGACGACGAGGAUGAAAGUGAAAUACUGAUCAAAAUGCAAGACAUGGAUGACAAGGAAAUCAACACGACUUCCGGUGAAACUGCGAUUCCGAAGGAGCUCGCUGAUGGAGUUGAUCGGAUGAGGCUUAAGCGGGCUCAUUCUGCUGAUCCAGACAGCUCAGCCGCGUCGCCCCACGCUGCGAGUCCAGCACCGUCUAGUGGAUCUGGCCUCCAGCCAUCUCUGCUUAGUAGGGAUGCUGGUGGAUCAACCAAGGACACGAAGCCUGGUCCUGUGGCCUCGGCGGUGCCACCGAGCAGCAAGCCCGACGACUCUACCAUACUCGGCAGCCCAAUGAAGAGGCAUCGGCCUAGCGUUAGUGGCCCUGUGGACACGGGCCCUUCAGUACCUGGCGCUGGGCUCGGUGGAUUGGAUGGAAUACUAUCAGGUACCAGCGGCGCAACAACUACCCAGGGAAAGCAGCCUUUCGCCCCCGAUGCUUCCAACGCAAUGGAGGAAGAGGAAGAGCUAUGA